GCAAGUACAACAGUUCUCUGUGUUGCCCCCCAUUCAUUUCCUGAGAACUGCAUAGAGCAGCUGAGAGAGACUCUGUAUGUGUGUGUGUGUGCGUGUGUGUAUGUAUGUGUGUGCGUGUGUGUGUGUAUGUGUGACACUGUGUGUAUGUGUGUAUGAGAAAGGGAGCGAAAGAGGGAGAGAGAUAGAAAGAGAGAGAGAGAGAGAGAGAGAGGGGGACUGUAUAAGGGAAAGAAAACAAUUUCUCCUGCUCUGCAGCUUCUGUUCAGGAUUGAUGUGACUCUAGAAACAAAUGGAUGAAUGAAUAUCUACAUGAAGAGAAAAACAAUAAAGAAAAUCAGUACCUUUGAGAACAGAAUGUUAAUGCUUGAUGGGAUGCCGGCAGUCAGAGUCAAAACAGAGCUGUUGGAAUCUGAACAAGGGCUAAGGAUAUGAUUCAUUCACUUUUCCACAAUGAGCCUCGUAAAGUCUCCAAACGUCCACAACUACCCGGAUAUGGAAGCUGUUCCCCUCUUGUUAAAUAACAUGAAAACGGAACCCCCAGAGGACUCAUUAUCCACAGAUCACUUCCAAACACAAACUGAGCCAGUGGACUUGUCAAUAAACAAAGCCAGGACAUCCCCUACAGCAGUUUCAUCCUCCCCAGUUUCCAUGACAGCCUCUGCCUCCUCUCCUUCCUCUACUUCAACUUCUUCAUCUUCGUCUUCUAGUCGCCCAGCCUCAUCCCCAACUGUUAUCACGUCAGUAUCCUCAGCAUCAUCUGCGCCAACAGUAUUAACUCCAGGGCCUCUUGUGGCCUCUGCAUCUGGUGUGGGAGGCCAGCAGUUUUUGCACAUUAUCCAUCCAGUACCACCUUCAAGCCCCAUGAAUUUACAGUCCAACAAACUGAGUCAUGUUCAUCGCAUCCCAGUGGUGGUGCAGUCGGUGCCUGUUGUCUAUACAGCUGUGCGGUCUCCUGGAAAUAUGAACAACACUAUAGUAGUGCCGUUGCUGGAGGAUGGGAGAAGCCAUGUCAAAGCACAAAUGGACCCCCGAGGCCUAUCUCCCAGACAAAUUAAAAGUGACAGUGAUGAUGAUGACCUGCCAAAUGUGACCUUAGAUAGCGUUAAUGAAACUGGAUCUACAGCCCUUUCCAUAGCCAGAGCAGUACAAGAUUCCAUUUCACCCUUCAGUAUUGAGAGCACAAGACGCCAGAGACGGUCUGAAUCUCCAGACUCCAGGAAACGGCGUAUCCAUAGAUGUGACUUUGAAGGAUGCAACAAAGUGUAUACAAAGAGUUCUCACUUGAAGGCCCAUCGGAGGACGCACACAGGAGAAAAACCCUACAAAUGCACCUGGGAAGGCUGUACCUGGAAGUUCGCUCGCUCGGAUGAACUAACGAGGCAUUACCGCAAACACACGGGAGUGAAGCCAUUCAAGUGCGCGGACUGUGAUCGGAGCUUCUCGCGGUCAGAUCACUUGGCGCUGCACCGUCGGCGGCACAUGCUGGUUUGAGGCAUGCGGCCUGUCCCGGCGCCGAGCGUAAGAGCUGGCUCUCUUAGCCACAUCCCCUUCAGCAGGGCUGAAUCCCCGUCACAGUGUUACCCCCAAAGGGCGUCGCCGCCCCACGAUGUCUGAAACCCGAGCAGGAAAGCGCCAUGGGACUUUUCUCCUCUCUCUGAAGGUAACCCCACCACCGCUGCCCGAGCGGCGUUCUCAUGCUGGCCCAGGAGAUGAGAGACUCAGAUGCGUGAAGAGACAGGCAUUGUUUUUCCAUGCUGUGUCCUCUACUGUUUAAAAGAUGUUUGUAGCUUAAACAUUUUCUCAGCUGUCAGACAUUUUCUUAUUGAUAUUUUAAAAAUCAGUUACCGCAAAUUGAUGGCAAAGAGCAAGACCUUUUUAACUUGGAUUAUUAUCCCCAAUCCUCCCCACCCCCUUUUUUUGGAUCACCAUCUAAGUAAUGUAGAAAAACAUGCCCAAUUUAUGUUCCCGGCAAGCUGCAUGAAAAUAGAUGAGAAGAAUCUAUUGGAGGGGUUCCAUACCUGAGAAUCAAGGGGCACUCCAGCAGACUUUUGCAGUAGUGAUGGUGGCGCUUAGAGAUCACACACAACUUGUCUUUAUGCCAGGCCCUUAAGGAAACGACGCGUAAUCUCAUUUGUUCGUUGUUGUUCAUUCUUUGUUUCAUUUUGAUUCUGUUUUGUCCAUCUGCUAAAACAAAAAAGAGGGGACAAACCGUGUUUCAUUUGAGGUCCAGUCCAAGUGUCUGCUCUGACACGGACCAGUAUAGAAACGAUUUGGGGUUGUAUAGGAAGAGCCUUUCUUUAAAAAAACAAAAAAAAAAAAAAAAAAAAAUGACUGCCCCGAUUCAAAGUGAAGUUUUCCGUCACCCAGGUAUCAUCUCUUCCAGCCCCUAGUAUUUUAUUACAAGGAAUCAGGAAAAGAAACUUUCUUAGACACACUGGCACCAAGGUAAAAGGUGUGGCUGUCCGAGCAAAGUCAGUGAACAUGAAAAAUCAGACAAAGCGGGCAAGAAAAUAAUGCGCCUCUUGAGGAGAAAAGCAAUAAUGAAUAAAAGGACUUUCCUACAAUAACUCCACUGAGGACUCACAUUACCAAUUUUCAUACUUACUAAAAGAAUUGUUUAAAAAUACACACACACUGGCACACAGACACAGACACAGCUUUUUCGAUGUCUUUUAUAAUGUUGAGGUAAUCUUUGUGUCAUUUGCUGUCCUGCUCAGUUGAGUAACUCAGUUCAAGAUUGUGCGCUCCUUUUCAUGUUUUAGAAUUUAUUUGGUGUCUAGAAAGCCAAGGCAGGUACAGAGGGGAAGGAAUCUCUACUUUACCAGGUCAGCUCUCCUUGGAAUAAAUGAGUGGAAAGAGGAUGCUCCCAGAGGAAAAACUGAAAUGGUGCUAGUUUCUACUCUUGGAAAGCAGCAGAAGAAGAGCCUGUUAGCUCUUCUCUACAGGUUUUUGUUUUUUAAACUAUAUUUGGUUUAAAUGCCUCACUGGCUUUUACAGGUAUGCUCCAUCCAGACUUUCGGCAUCAAGGAUUAGAAAAAAAAAAUUAUUACUUUUCCCUCCAUUUUCCCUCCCCUCCCCAAAAAAGUAUGAACUUAUCUGUAAUGAAUCAAGUCUAUGAUAAAUAAAGCAAUAUGUUGCCAACAAACAUCCUUUUAAAAAGAAUAGUUUCCUCUCUUUCACUAAGAGCUGGGGGUUUUCCUCCCCCAUCUCAAUAAGGUAAAAGAAGUUUGGUGAGUUAUUUUUAUUUGUUCAAGUUUUUUAUAGCUUAAGCUAUAAAGGGUCUCCAGAAAGACCUUUGCAAUAUAUUUUAAUUAUGAAAACUUGGAUUCGGGAAAGGCACAAAUUAACCUCACAAUGCUCCUAGCUCAUUUUUAAAGUGUUUGAACAGUCUGAAAUAACUUUGGUUACUGAAGUAGCCUUGUUUGGGAUUAUCUUUAAAUCUCUAUAAUCUUGUUCUGAAAAGUGACUGUUGAAGCAGGAACUAGGGACAUUGAAUGAAACAAGUGAGAUUUGUCUCUGAUAGUAUUAAAAGUAUUUGAAAUAACAUUCAAAUAAUAGUGUAACAGUUUUCAGGUUAAAAGCUUAGUAUAAAUCUAUGCUCUACAUUGUCUGCCAAUUUUUCAGUAGAAAAAUUGAGCAAUUCCAAACCACCUCAGACUAGGGUUGCAGCCUUGUGGUGGGUGUUACCUCCUAGGAAGUUUUUCUAUCCAUUACUGUGUGCGACACCUCCACCCCCACAUCACCUUCCCCCCCAACUUCUCCAUGUCUGUGUCUAUUCUUAAUGGGAAAUAAUUGGCAAUUUGGAUGAAUAGCUACUAACCAAGAGAAUAGAGGGUAAGGAAACAUACAUUCACACCUCCCUUGCUGCCACUGUCUGACAUCCUCACCUCCCAAAAUGUCAAUUGACUUCAAUUGAUGGCUGCUCUUCCCAGAAGGGUCCAUCUAUUUAUCUUCCCCAAGUGACAUUCUUCAAUGGCUAUUAGGUAGUCUUGGGUUUAAGAUACAUAAAAGCAAUAAGCCCAGUAUUUAGGAAUCCCUUGAAAUAUAGCUAAAUUUAGAUUCAAUCCAGAUCUAAAUGUCUUCUUCUCUUAUAAAAUUAGAAAGGGGGAGCGAGAAGAGACAGUUUCUUCACCCCCAGCAAGUGAAAGCCAGACCUGAACAGUAAGCUAAAAGAUAAGGCCUGUUACUAUUCACCCUUCUCCUUUUUAACAUAUCAUUACAUCCAAUAAUUUGUUUUAUUUUUUUUAAUGGAAUCAAGCACAAAUGAAGAAAUGUGUCACUUUACUAAUGUUUAGAACAAAACCUAGGAACUAGAAUUUAUUUGGGGCAAUCUAGGUGCAUAGCAACUUAUUUAACCUUAGUGAGCUUUCUGAAUUCAUUAUGGGUAUUUUGUUGCCACAAAAAUGAAAGGCAGAGUGAUUUUGAAUGGAAGAAUUUGUCUACAUUUCUCCUCCUCCUUCAAAAUACAGGAAUGGAAAGGUCUCCCUUUUCUCUCUACACACAUUUCCUACUUCUGUUAUUAGCACAAUACACAGUGAAUGACAGAGAGAAAAGGUGGAGCUCUAGGAAACUUCAUGGAUUUCCUCACUGAAGCAAGUUUUACUUUUAAGUGUGGAAGCUAGGAGUAUGUAUACACACAUAGAUGGAGGUGACCUUCCCCACUCUUUCUUUAAUUAUUUGAGCCUCCACCCCUUUGCAAGCCUUUAGAUCUCCAGAACUUCAGUGGGAAUUACAGUAGUGUCAAGGUGAAGGAGUUCAAUUUUUUACAUUUUACUAGACCCUCCUCUCAUCUUCUGUUCUUUACUGAGAAAAGAUUUGCUUUUUUUUGUCCUGUUUUGCUUUCAUCCCCCUUCAGGUGCACAUAAAUCUUGGAUCCUCCUUGUAACUUGCAACAAGUUCCCUGAAGACUAUUAAGACGGAAAUCUUAAAAGGUGUACACCCUAAAGCUUAGGCAGCCAUGUCUGGCAUCAGUUUUAGGAAACACUAUAGAAUAGUUGUUUUCAAAAGCAGUUGAAUAACAAUAAGGUAAACCACACCAUUUUUUUUUUUUUUAAAAACAAGGGCACUUUUUAAAUUCACUUUUAAAGUUUAAAUAAGAGGUAGAUAGGAAGAUGAUUGUCUGCAAAGGAACUUAUGAAAUGCCACAGUGUUUACAAGUGCCAGCUUCCAGAUGAUUAGAAAGAUCAUUUAUCGUGGUUGAAAAAGUCUAAGAGUCAGUAGUUUUUGGGGAGAAAAACACUCACACAAUAACUUAGUGUUCUGUUUUUGAAUAGAAUAAUUAAAAAAAAAACUUUAAAUUACCAUUUCUUUGAUAAAUCAAAGCUAUUCUGCACUUUGAAAUCAACUCAUUACAAUGACAAUUUCGACAGGGAUAAAGAUGCAGUACUCUUUAUUAUGCUUACCAAAGGUGCAAUUGAAUAAAUCUGGUAAGUAGAGGCCUUCGAUUGUAUUGUGUGCUCCUAUUAAUCAUGGUUUCAGCUGCUUAAAAAUGUGGCUGCAAUUCUGGUGUUUAAGGGUAGCUUACCAUUUAAAGUAUGAGGGUGGCAGAGUUAACCAGUGUUAAGAAUACCAGCAUUCAUAUUGUAGGGUGGGUUACAUUCUGAUGGCAAGGGACUAAAAAUGAGGUGAUUUAUGAAUAUCGUUGGACAUCAAUGGACUGAUGUUCAUUUCUCAUGUUCCAGUCUCAGAAUUUUGCCCCAUAAUAAUUCUUGUAAAUUUAGCAUGUGAAGUGUACUUUCUCAUUAAAUCUUUAUGGGAAGAAAAAAUAUCUCCCUUGGUUUCAUGGGGAUUAGCGCAUACAAUAUGAUAACAUCCCUUUCCAACAUGAUUUAUUUAUUUUUGUGUAUGAAGAGGCCGAUGAGCUCCAUCUCCUCAUUCUGUUAUCAGUAUCACCAUGCCUGCCUCUCUGUAUAAAUACCCCUAAUAAAUGCACAUGAAUAUAAUUUUCUAUACAUAUAGCCAGCAGCAUAUCCAUAUAUUCAUGGAUACAUAUUCUUACAUGAUAGCCAACCAAGAAAAAAAAAAAAAAGAUUUUUAAAGGAAGAUUUUGUAAUACUCCAUGCUGUCUGGGGGGAAAAAAAAUUAUUUACCUUACUAGGAAAUCAGCUUCUAUUGCUGUAUAUGACUUUGCCUACAUUUUAUAGCUUACAAAUGUACAUAACAAAUUAAAACUGCUAUAUUUUCACAGUUUCAUUAUAGAAUAAUGUGUAUGUUUAGCAGCUCAUGCCCAUUGGUACUUUAAAUAUGUUAAAUAUUGAACAAUUUCGAUAGAAAUUCAAUUUUUAGUAAGAAAAUUAAAUAUAAGGAUACUGCAUCUUUUAAAAAUAGAAUGAAGUAUUUUACUGUACUUGUAACAGUCUGAAUAUUCUGUAAUAUAUGUGAUAGUGGAAAAGUAUUUUCAAACUCACAAUUUUACACAGAUUGUAAAUAGUUUAGUGUGAAGUAUGUUGGAGGGGAAGCUUCUAGUUUUCAUCGCACACACAACACACACGCACAUGCACACACACACACUAUUCAGAUAUGCCUUGUAGAUCUUCCACACAAUUAGCCAUAUUACUAUAGAGUCUCAAUUGUUCUACUUUGUCAGAACACGUUGAGCGUGUAGAGCUGAGAGUGGCCACUUGUUUUGGUUUGUCUAGUACAGCUUCAGAUACAAUGAAGUCAUUUGAAGUCCCUGGAAACUGAUUCCAAACUCAAAAUGCCUUUGUCUGAAUAGGAGAAAACAGCUGCUUGGGAGUAUUCUAGUGUUUAAAAUGUGCUCAAGAGAGAAGCAGACAAUUGUUUUAUUUUCUCAGUUAUCUCACUCCCUCUGCCAAAAUGUUCCUUGGACAAAAGAUUCUACAGUUCCAACAGGUGGUCACUCUUGGGUAAUUCCAAAGGGAGUUUUUAUUCUGUUAGGUAUAGCUGCGUGUUAACAGAAGCUAUGUGAUGGGAGUAGCAGCGAGAAUCCCCAUUUCCUGGUGACAGAGAUAAAGUAAUACCCGUUUUCAGAAAUGAAUUAAAACCUGAAAGUGCCUGUCCACAUACAUACAUACAUACAUUGUAAUUGAUGGAAUGUUCUAUGCUUUUCACACAGCAAUAAUAAUGCUGCUUCAUUAGACUAGCACUUAUUCCCCCAAAUAUAAUUGAAAAAUCUAAAUUUCAGUAAAUCUAUUCAUUUCUCUGAUUCCCCUUAAACCUUUAUUUUAUCCUUAGCACCCCAACUUUUAUGUGUCAUUUUCUUUAAGUGAAAUGCUAUUAUUCAUACAAAGGGAAAAUGCAAAUUUAAUCAAGAAAGCCCACAAUAUGCAAUGGCGGUUCCAAAUCACAGCUUGUUGUGUUGUGUUGUGUUUUGUUUUGUUUUGUUUUUACUCUGAACUCAUAAAGGAUUUCCAGUGAAUCGUACACAGUAUUCUCUGAGAGGAAAAACCAUGAUUGUCAAUAAAAAUAAGCAUUACUAGACACUUCAGCUGGUAAGACACAUUAUUAAAUGUAAUAUUUUGUUGUGUUUUUUUUUCCAAUUUCACUUGUUGUUUUCCCAUUUCAGUAGUAUCUUCCAGUGAACAAAAUCUAUUAUCAUUCCUAUAGGAAAAGUAGUGGAGUACUUAGAAUAUUUAAGGAUGUCAUCCUAUCCCUCAACCAAGGUUUGCAGAGCAGUCUGAAAAUUACCAUAUUUACUUGCAUCAUUUCCCCCAUUUCCCCAUUCCCAGAUAUUUCACUGCGAAACCGUGGAAUCAUGGUGGGAAUUAGAGAAUGAUGUGAUUUGGACAAUGUAAGCCCUGUUGGCACCUCUGUUCUACAUUGUAAAUGCUGGCAAAACAUUGUUCUUGUUAGUUAAAAUUAUGUUCUUCAGAGCUGAAGAAGCUUUGAGCCUUGAUGAAGUGUGAAGAGGGGUUAAGCUCUCUUCCAUUUACUUUCUGUAAAUCAAGUUUUAAGUCAACCCAGAUCAUGUAUUAAGCUCUUUCCAGAAUCUUAGGAGGUAUAGAACAAGAGCAGUGGACACCAGAAGAAAGUCCUGAUGAGGAAAGGAUCUUGUAUUUCCUUCACAAAAUUCUUAAUCUCUUUAAAUAAAAAUGUUCUGGAUGCAGAAAAGUCAUACUGAUCAUGCAUUUAUCUCUCAAUAUGUGGCAUCUACCCUAAAAUCCAGGCAUCUCACUAAAGGUUUACUUCUUUUACCAGAAUAUUUGGUAUUGUUCUGACAAGCUUGUGUCUCCACAGGCACAAAAUCAAUGACAUGAGUUCAAUCAUUCAGGCCAAAAUAAGAUAUUUACUUGACUUUGUUGGCAUUUGAUCCUGCACAAUCUAAUAAGUUGCUUGAAUCUCUUCACAUUUUUUUUCCAAAUAGUUUUUAUAUCAAUUCAGAUCAGUCUUUUUUUCAGAUGGAGUUUAUUCUUCUAAAUGUUCACCUCAUUGUAGUUAGUAGAUACUCCCAAGAAUUAUUUGUCCAUUGGUGAAUGGAGAAGGAGAAUGCUUGUAUAAUGAACAUGGAUUCGAAAGUGAUCAUUCUUUUUCAACAUUCCCAUUUUACAGCAGAGUCACUUAAGAUGUUAAAUAGUUUUGAACAUGAAUUGUUGCUUAUGCUAACAAUCACGAUGCAUUUGAAUUAAGGUAAAUUCUAUUUUUCUUCACCCUAUCAAAUAACAUGAAAUUCUGACAGUAUUGAUCCAUUGAUCCAUAGACUUUGAAAACAUUCAGAACGGUCAUUUCUCUUUCUGUUUUAGUAAUCGAGUUUUCUAAAUUAUGAUUUUUCUCCCUAUGACACUUGGGGUGGGGUGAGGAGGAAGAGGACAGAAAAAGAAGCAGAGGUGGAGAGAGAGAGAGAAAGAGAGAGAGAGAGAGAGAGAGAGAGAGAGAGAGAGAGAGAGAAUUUUUGAGAAACCAGCAUAAACAAACUCAAACACCCUUCUAUGUUGAAAGGCAACAUUCUGCAGAUCGGCUCUACUGUAAGUGGUCAUCGUUCACCAUUAGUUAGGUUUCACAAGCAAUAAUUUUUCUAAAUAUGAAAACCACAAACCUAAAUAAACUGAAAAAUGAGUUGUAGAAAGAAUCACAUCAGGACUUUCUCAUUCUCGUUUUCAUCACCAGGUGUUUAAAAUGUGCAUGAAACAACAGACUUUGCACUAAGUGUGAGGAUGUAGAACAAGUGAUUUCCUAUGUGAAUUGAUUAGUUGCUGUUAGCAAUGACCGGUUUAAGACUUUUCAAAAAUUGUGUUUGUGGGGAGAGGCACAUUUUAAAUCAAGGUAAAAGAAGUAUCCAGUAAUCUGUGAAGAAGGAUUUUAUGGCUAUGAGAAUACAAAAAUCUUUAAUUCCUUCUUCUUCUUCUUCUUCUUCUUCUUCCGUGAUCCAAAAGAGAUAACCUAAAACAUGAAGGAAAAUUUUACAUCCUGACCUUGAAUUAUUUGGUUUCUGUAGCAGAAUUUAUAUACUCUUCUGUUUGUAAUGAUGUUCAUACAACUUUCUUAAACUUUAAUGCAUUGCAUAGGUAAUGUUGAACUGGGGCACUGUUGCCUAUAUUCAAGGCUCUUUCCUAUGACAUGUUUGUUCAGUUUGUCACAUUGAAAACUUAAAGAAAAAAAAAUCACCAUCCGAAGGGAAGGUGACUGUGAAGAAAAUCCUUUGUAUUUCUUUCUUCCACAUCUGUGUGGAACAUAUUAUAAUCACAUCAGAAAGCAGCUCACUGAAGGAAGUGACAGAAGCAUUUACAAAACCAGCUUGAAAAACAUUAUGUUAGUUAUCUAUUAUAUCACAUUGGAUCAUAAUAUGUAAUUAUAUGUAUUAUAACAUGUCCAUUUGGGAUUUAAAAAAAAAAAAAGAAACCAGCAAAUUCAUGUUUGUCCAUAGCCAAAAGCCUCCUCCAAACUGUGUUGUGAAGAGAUCAGACAAGACCACCUUUACGAUACCCACCUGCCACUUAAAGACAACUUAGUUAUAAUUAGUAGUAGUCUAGACACUGCUCUUUGUUGGGGGGAGGGGAUCAAUUCAGAAGUCAUAUUCUUUUGAACAAUUCUCUCAGCUGUAUUUGAAGAAACAAGAGAAUAAAAAAAUCAAACAAACAAACAUGAUCAUUGGCCAAAUCAAGCAGGCAUUUCCCCCCUCCCCACCCACCCCUUAACACUUAGCUCAUUACUUUAGUGCAUAUGGUAAUUGGGUCAUAAGAGCUUUCUGUAUAAAAAAAUCUAAAAAAAAAAAACAUAGUUUGAAAAUUUUCAUUCUAGGAUUGGAGCCUCUGAACAAGGAAUUGAAAAGAUGCACAGCACCUGAUUCACUUUGCUGGGAUGUAGGGAAAGACUUUUCCUCAAAGCCCAUUAAAAGAUGGCCCCAUAUUUCAAAGAAUAAAACUCCCCUGUGAGACUAGAAAGCAAAUGUAUUAAUUCUUCGAAUCUUCUUUUGUUUUCUGUUCAGAGGGUUUUUAAUUGCAAAGAAAUUUAUUUCUUAAAAACUCAUCUAAAGAUCUAAUUUCCCAAUAGUUUCCUCUGCAUUUAUAUACUAUGUAGUGUUUAGACAACACCUGUUAUAAGUUUAUUAAUAUUAUGUAAGUGUUGUUCUUGUAUUUAUGUAUAGUGUAUGUAUUGUAAAUAUACUCAGAGCUUUUUUUUCCUUUUACUGUAAAAUGGUGAUUUUGCCCUAUGAUAAUGUAAAGGGAGACCCUCCUAAUGAAAUUCUGUCAGAGGAUGAUUAUUCCAGUCUAUUCUCAGAGAUUUAAAUGAACAAGUGUUAUCGUUUUUAAUGGUGUCUCAGACAUAUUCUGUUGGUGCAUUGCUUUUCUGUAUUCAACUUUCCUAUGAAUUGAGCUGUGAACUGAAAUAGAAUUUAACCCUUUAAAUGUAUGCAUUUGUAUAAUUAUCUGAAUGAAGGCAUGAAGGUUAAAUAAAGCAUUUUGUAUGGAACAAAA